ACGUGACGAGUGAAAUUGGGAGGCUCUUGUGUUUACAUCAAUGCACUCAGGAGCAGCUGGUGCGAACUGUCUAUGUACGAGAUAUGAAUGUUUCGCUUUCAUUUCUUUAGAAAACUGGAAGUGCACUUCUUUACGCCUAGCUAAUUGUUGCAGCCAUGGAGGAGUUAGCCGUGGAGGUCCGGGGAACGAGUGGAGCAUUUUACAAGGCGUUUGUGAAGGACGUACACGAAGGUUCUGUUACUGUGACGUUUGAAAAUAAUUGGCAGCCGGAGCGACAGAUCCCCUUUCACGAUGUUCGAUUUCCUCCACCGACUGGUUUUCAGAAAGAGAUUAAUGAAAGCGAUGAAGUUGAGGUAUGUGCUGUGUACUCCAGGGCCAAUGACAAAGAGCCCUGCGGUUGGUGGCUGGCCAAAGUUAGGAUGGUUAAGGGCGAGUUUUAUGUAAUAGAGUAUGCAGCCUGCGAUGCCACCCUCAAUGAAAUCGUCACAUUAGAGAGGCUACGGCCCGUGAACCCAAACAAGCCGGCCACGAAAAACACCUUCCUCAAAGUCAGACUGGACGUCCCGGAGGACCUGCGGCAAAUGUGCGCGAAAGAUUCGGCGCAUAAGGAUUUCAAGAAGGCCGUGGGGGCGUUCAACGUGACGUACGACACAGACAAAAAGCAGCUGGUUAUCCUGUCCGUCAACGAGGUGACCGCCAAGCGGGCCACCAUGGUGAGCGACAUGCACUUCAGGAGCCUGCGCACGAAACUGUCUCUGAUGCUGCGCAACGAGGAGGCCAGCCGGCAGCUGGAGAGCUCCCGGCAGCUGGCGUCCCGUUUCCACGAGCAGUUUGUGGUUCGAGACGACCUGAUGGGGCUGGCCAUCGGUACGCACGGGGCCAACAUCCAGCAGGCCCGGAAGGUUCCUGGGGUCACCACCAUCGACCUGGACGAGGAGACCUGCACCUUCCACAUCUACGGAGAGGACCAAGAGGCCGUACGGAAGGCCAGAAGCUUCCUUGAGUUUUCUGAAGAUGUUAUCAAAGUGCCCAGGAAUUUAGUGGGUAAAGUCAUCGGUAAAAACGGAAAACUCAUCCAGGAGGUGGUGGAUAAAUCGGGAGUGGUGAGGGUGAGGAUCGAGGCGGAGAACGACAAGAAGCCCCCGCCUCAGGAUGAGCUGGGCAUGGUGCCGUUUGUGUUCGUGGGAACAAAGGAGAGCAUCUCGAACGCACGCGUGCUGCUCGACUACCAUCUCAAUUACCUGAAGGAAGUGGACCAGCUGCGGAUGGAGCGGCUGCAGAUCGACGAGCAGCUCCGGCAGAUCGGGGGCGGCCCACGGACCUCGGCGGGGCGCCCCGACAAAGAGAAGGGCUUCACCGCGGACGACAGCAUGGGGCCCUCCAGAGGGGGGAAGCCCUUCGGCCGGGGAGGGCGUGGUCGACGUGGCCCCACUUUUGCGUCAGGCACCAACUCGGAGGCGUCCAACGCGUCGGAGACCGAGUCCGAUCACAAGGACGAGCUGAGCGACUGGUCCCUGGCCCCCACCGAUGAGGAGGGGGGCGGGGGGUACCCCCGGCGGGGCGACGGCCGGAAGAGAGGCGCGGGUCCUCGAGGACGAGGAGGUAGAGGCAGGGGAGGAGGAGGAGGAUACAAAGGAGCUGAGGAGAUGCAGUGGAAUGAAUCUCGCUCACGCAACCCCAGAGACACAAAGCCACGGCCACAGGAAGACUCUCUGCAGAUCCGGAUCGACGGGAACAACGAGCGCAGCGUCCACACCAAGGGCCCCGGCGGCGGGGCGGGGGACGGGGCCGCGGCGGGGAACGGGGCCAGCCGCCAGCGGCCCAUCAAAGAGCGAGGGAUGAAGAAGGAGAAACAGGAGGGCCCCGACGGGCCCCAGGCCCUGGUGAACGGGGUGUCGUAGGCGAGGCCCCCCCCCAGCACCACCCCACCUCCCCCUCCCCAAGCCACAGUCUCCUCUGCUGUUCCAUCAACUCAGACGCUUCAUCAUUAGAGACACGUUAGGCCAAAGACCUGGGGCGGUAGGGCUGUCGCCAGACGCGCUAAAUAAGCACACUUUGCAGACCGUGUCGAGAGCAUUCUCUUCUGCAG